GUUCCAACAACAACUGCAUCAACAACUGAAGCAACAACACCUACUCCAACAACAACUGUCCUCACAACAACUGAAGCAACGACACCUACUCCAACAACUGAGGCGACAAUGACACCUGUUCCAACACCUGAGGCAAUAACCACACCUGCCCUGACAACAACUGAAGCAACAACAACACCUGCUCCAACAACUGAGGGAACAACGACACCUGCUUCAACAACUGAGGAAACAACAAGUGUCCUGACAACAACAGCAUCCACAAUGACACCUUCCCCAACAACAACUGAAGCAACAACGACACCUGCUCCACCUUCUGCGCCAACAACGACACCUGCCCCAACAACUGAGGCAACAACGACACCUGCCCCGACAACAACUGAAGCAACAACGACACCUGCUCAAACAACACGUGCUCCGACAACAACUACCCCUGCUCCGAAAACAACAACCUCUUCUAAAACAACAAUAAGGACUGCAGCAACAGUGUCAAAAACAACAACACGUACUCCAACAACUGUACAAACAACACAUUCUAGAACAACAACUUCUCCAAAAACAACAAGAAGAACUGCAGCAACAACAGUGUCAAAAGCAACAACACGUGCUCCAACGACACCUACUCCAACAAUUGAGGCGACAACGACACCUGCCCGGACCACUACUGAAGCAACAACGACACCUGUUCCACCUUCUGCGCCAACAACGACACCUGCCCCGACAACUGAAGCAACAACGACAACUGCCCCGACAAGAACUGAUGCAACAACGAUAUCUCCAACAACUGAACCCACAGCACCUGCUCCAACAACAACAACUGUCACCACAACAACUGAAGAAACAACGACACCUGCUCCACCAACUGAGGCAACGACACCUGCUCCAACAACUCAGGGAACAACAAGUGUCCUGACAACAACAGCAUCAACAACUACACCUGCCCUAACAACAACUGAAGCAAUGACGACAACUGCCCCGACAACAACUGAAGCAACGACACCUGCUUUAUCAACUGAGACAACGACACCUGCUCCAACAACUGAGACAACAACGACACCAACCCCGACAACAACUGAAGCAUCAACAACAUCUCCAACUGAAGCAACAAGGACACAGUCUCCAACAACUGAGGGAACAACAAUUAUCUCCACAACAACUGCAUCAAUACCAGCUCCAACAGCUACGCCAACGACACCUACUCCAACAACUGCAGAAACGACACCUUCUCAAACAACUCAAGCAACAACGACACCUGCUCCAACAACCAAAGCGACGACACCUGCCCCAACAACAACUGAAGCAACGACACCUGCUCCAACAACUGUGGCAUCAACGAAACCUGCCCCGACUACAAAUGAACUAACAACGACACUUGCUCCAACAUUUGAAACAACAACGACACCUUCCCCAACAACACCUGAAGCAACAACAACACCUGCUCAAACAACUGAAGCAACAACAACAUCUGCUUCAAUAUCUGACACAACAACCACACCUGCCCCGACAACAACUGAAGCAACAACGACAUCUUCUCCAACAACCGAAGCAACAACGACACCUGCCCCAACAACAACUGAAACAAUGAUGACAACUGCCCUGACAACAACUGAAGCAACAACGACAACUGCUCCGACAACAACUGAAGAAACAACAUCUCCAACUGAAGCGACGACACAUUCUCCAACAACUGAGGGAUCAACAAGUAUCUCCACAACAACUCCAUCAAUACCUGCUCCAACAGCUAUGCCAAUGACACCUACUCCAACAACUGCAGAAACGACAUCUGCCCCGACAACAACUGAAGCAAUGACGACAACUGCCCCAACAACAACUGAAGCAACGACAACUGCCCCGACAACAACUGAGGCAACAACGACACCUGCUCCAACAACUGAGGCUACAACGACACCUUCGCCAACAACAAAUGACGCAACAACGACAUCUUCUCCAGCAACUGAAACAACGAUGACACCUGCCAUGACAUCAACUGAAUCAAGUGCAACUGCUCCAACAACUGAAGAAACGCCACCUGUUCCGACAACUGAGUCAACGAUGACACCUACUCCAACAACUGAGGCAAAGAAACCUUCCCAGAAGUCAACUGAAUCAACGACACCUGCUCCAACAUCUGAGACAACAACUACACCUGCCCCGACAACAACUGAGAAAACAACUACAACUGCUCCAACAACUGAGGCAAUGACACCUUCGCCGACAACAAAUGAAGCAACAACGACAUCUUCUCCAACAACUGAAGCAACGACGACACCUGCCCCGACAACAACUGAAUCAACGACAAUUGCUCCAACAACUGAAGAAACAACACCUGCUUCCAAAGCUGAGUCAACAACGACCCCUGCCCCGACAACCAAUGAUGAAAUAACGACACCUGCUCCAGCAACUGAGUCAACAACGACCCCUACCCCAACAACAACUGAAGUAACAACGACACCAGCUCCAACAACUGAAGCAACGAUGACACCUGCUCCAACAACUGAGGCAAUGAAACCUGCCCCAACAACAACUGAGGAAACAACUACAACUGCUCCAACAACUGAGGCAACAGAAAUACCUGCUCCAACUCAGGCAACCACAACACCUGCCCCGAUAACAACUGAAGCCACAACAACAGCAGCUCCAACAACUGAGGCAACAACGACCCCUGCCCCAACAACAACUGAAGUAACAACGACACCAGCUCCAACAACUGAAGCAACGAUGACACCUGCCAUGACAACAACUGAAUCAAGUACAACUGCUCCAACAACUGAAGAAACAACACCUGCUCCAACAACUGAGGCAAUAACGACACCUUCGCCAACAACAAAUGACGCAACAACGACAUCUUCUCCAGCAACUGAAGCAACAACCACCCCUGCCCCAACAGCAAUUGAAGUAAGAACUACAAGUGCUCCAACAACUGAAGAAACGAUGACACCUGCUCCAACAACUGCAGAAACGAAAUCUGCCCCGACUACAACUGAAGCAGCAACGACACCUGCUCAAACAACUGAAGCAACAAUGAUAUCUUCUCCAACAACAGAAGCAACAACAACACCUGCUCCAACAACCGAAGCAAGAACGACACCUGCUCCAACAACUGAGGCAACACCUGAAGCAACAACCACACCUGCCCCGACAACAACUGAAGCAACAACGACAUCUUCUCCAACAACCGAAGCAACGACACCUGCUCCAACAACUGGGACAAUAACGACACCUGCCCCAACACCAACUGAAGCAGCAACGACACCUGCUCCAACAACUGAAACAAUAACGACACCUGCCCCAACAACAACUGAAGCAGCAACGACACCUGCUCCAACAACUGAAACAAUAACGACACCUGCCCCAACAACAACUGAAGCAACAACGACUACUGCAACAACUGUUCAGACGACAUCUGCCCCAACAACAACUGCACCAACAACGACAAUUUCCCCGACAACCAAGCAAACAACUUCGUCUUCUCCAGCAACGGACGCAACAGCGACACCUGCUCCAACGACACCUGCUUCAACAACUGCACCUAUAACAUCUACAACCGGUGCAUCCACAACUUCCACAUCUACUUCUACUGCACCUGCAACUACCACAUCUACUUCUACUGCACCUGCAACUACCACAUCUACUUCUACUGCACCUGCAACUACCACACCUACAACUAUAGCACUCAUUACAACAAGGGUGAUUUUCCGAUCUCUUCAAAGCACAUUUACAAGUGACUUGAACAAUGCAUCAUCUGCAGCAUUUAGAGAUCGAGUUUCAAUGAUAAAGUCACAGCUUGAACCUGUGUUCCUAAAGGCAUUCCCUUCCUCCUUCAGGUUCUUGGACGUGGUGUCAUUCAGAAAUGGAUCAGUCAUCAAUGACAUGAACCUUCUCUUUGCAAGCACAUCUGUUCCUAAUAAUACUGAGAUUAGGAGGGUUUUGAUCAAUGAUAGUUUAAACGUCACUGGCUUCGACAUUGAAAGGAGCUCAAUCAAAGUGAAUGGAACCAUAUUUCCUGAUCUAACUGCUCAAACAACCGAAGCAACAACGACCCCUGCCCUGACAACGACAGUUACAUCAACGACACCUGCUCCACCAACAACUGCUGCACCAAACACGACUUUGGCCGCUCCACCUAUUUACCUUAUCUCAAUCAUUUUGGAAAUUUCUUUUUCAGUUGACUUCACUAACCCCAACAGCAGUCCAUUCAAAGAUCUUGAGCAACGAGUUAUAGCUACGUGUGAGUUCAUAUACAGAGCAAGAUUUGUUCAGUUUGACCACUGUACUGUGACACUGUUCAGGAGUGUUCCAAUUCGAGCCGAUGUAACUGAAGCAGAGCUGCAGGUUGUGUUCAAUCAGACAACUCGCUUUGAAGAACUCCCACAGAACAGUGUCGUUGCUCAAACCUUAGUAGAAGCUGUGAAUAAUACCAACAACAGCUUCAAUGUGACCAUAAAUCCCAACAGAGUCAUACUAAUAGAAGGUCCAGUUCCAUCUACAACUACCACACCUGCAACUACCAUAUCUACUUCUACUGCACCUGCAACUACCACAUCUACAUCUACCACAUCUACAUCUACCACAUCUACAUCUACCACACCUACAACUGUAGCACUCAUUACAACAAGGGUGACUUUCAGAUCUCUUCAAAGCACAUUUACAAGUGACUUGAACAAUCCAUCAUCUGCAGCAUUUAAAGAUCGAGUUUCAAUGAUAAAGACACAGCUUGAACCUGCGUUCCAAAAGGCAUUCCCUUCCUCCUUCAGUUCGUUGGACGUGGUGUCAUUCAGAAGUGGAUCAGUCAUCAAUGACAUGAACCUUCUCUUUGCAAGCACAUCUGUUCCCAGUAAAACUCAGAUUGGGAGGGUUUUGAUCAGUGAACGUUUAAACAUCACUGGCUUCGACAUUGAAGGCAGCUCAAUCACCGUGAAUGGCGCCCAAUUUACAGAAUCAAGUGGAGUGAGCCACAAGAUCAGUCUCGUUACUGCAUCCUGCCUGGUACUGUUGUCAUGGAUACUAUCAAGCCAGCAAUAGCAUCAGUGCUGAUUACCAUUUGAAUUGCCAGCAGACUAUGACUGCCAUUACUGGUAUGAACAAGGACUUUGUUGUCGGUAAAAAUCCAAGAUUCAUGAUGGUCUUUGCUCUUGUAUGAAGAAUGACACAGCCAACUUUAAGCACCUGGCCCAUUGAAUCAUCACUACAAUAACAACCUAAACAAAAUAACAAUACUGUCUGUUAAGCCCUGGGAUGUCAGAAAUGGUUGCACUCUUUGACUUUUUAUAUAAAAUGUAAUGUAUAAAUGCAUCUUGCUUCUCUGAGCACUGUGCUAUAGCAAUAUUUAACUGUCAGUUAGUACUAAUGCUGUUCUUUAGUCAUGCUAAACUCAAAUCAGCCACACUGGAAAGUAAAAUCACUCUCACCAUUGUAUGAAAGAUAUUCAAAUGUGAGAUGUCUGUGAAGUUAGUUGUCAUCAACACAGUCUUGUCUGUCUACAAGCAAAGAUGAUUCAAAAUGGUGUUGUUUUACUCUGACCUUAAAACUAUCUAAACCUUUGUGAAAUUCAUGUUUAGGUUUCAUUUACAAAUACAGCAACAUAACAGCUCUAUAGUGAGCAUAUUGUAAAGCAAACAAGAGAACAAAUUAAAUGAAGGCACACAUGCAGCUAGAAGUGGGCUGCACACCCCAACCCAGAACCACCUUAUAAAGUUUUAUCAAAGGUCAUGGUACUUAAUUUAAAACAAUGCACUGUUGAUUUUCUUAGUAUACACAUUGUAUUUAUGUAAUGACGUAUAGCUAUAUUCUAUGAAACUAUUGUGGUUUCUAUAAUUUCAAAAUCAAUGAUUCUUUUGUGAAUUUAAAUUGUCUCUUGUGUGAGGUUUUCCAAUUUUGGUGGGUAAAGAGAAAAUGUACCAGGGCAUGUUUAACCUUGUACAAUUCCUGUAAAAUUAAAAAGCUUAA